AAUCAAUACAAAUACACUUAAACUUUUCUCAUUCAGAGUCCAUCAAGAGAUCAAAGUAAUCAGAACAAGAAGCAUAGCAUAGUGAAGAAGGUAACACUAAAUGGCAGAGGGUAAAGGAAGAGUGUGUGUCACUGGAGGAACAGGGUUCAUUGCUUCAAUUAUCAUCAGAAAUCUCCUUCAGGAAGGUUACUAUGUUAACACUACUGUUAGAUCUGGUCCAGCUAAUAGCAAGAAAGAUGUAAGCUUCCUCACAAAUCUUCCUGGAGCAUCCGAAAGGCUCCAAAUCUUCAACGCUGAUCUCAGCAACCCAGAGAGUUUCGGCGAAUCGAUUGUAGGCUGCGUCGGCGUGAUCCACACCGCAAGCCCGGUGGAUUUCCAAGUAAACGAGCCACCGGAAACCGUUAUCAAGAGAAGCGUUGAUGGUGCAAUUGGAAUCCUAAAAGCAUGCUUGGAUUCAAAGACAGUGAAGAGAGUAGUUUACACUUCAAGUGGCUCCGCUGUCAUACACAACAGAUCAGGGGCACAGGAGAUGGAUGAGAGUUAUUGGAGUGAUGUGGAUUUUCUCAAUGAGACGAAGCAGUUUUCUUGGUCUUAUGCGAUUUCUAAGACUUUGGCUGAGAAGGCUGUGCUUGAAUUCGGAGAGAAGAAUGGAUUGGAAGUUGUGUCUUUGAUUCCUCCUUUUGUUCUUGGACCAUUCAUCUGUGCUAAACUUCCUAUUUCAGUUCAUACCUCUCUGUCUCUGUUAUUUAAUGACAGUGAUAAUUUUGGUGCUCUUCUUCGUUUCCCUAUAGCACAUGUAGAUGAUUUGGCAAGAGCACACAUUUUUCUGUUUGAGCAUCCAAAUCCAAAAGGGAGAUACAAUUGCUCACCAAGCAGUGUUACUCUUCAAGAGAUAGCUGAAUUUAUUCGUUCAAAGCACCCUGAAUAUAAACUACCUUCUCCAGAGUCAAUAAAGGAAAUUAAGGGUGAGAAUAUACCACAUAUGAACUCAAAGAAAUUAAUUGAUGCUGGAUUUAAGUUCAAGUAUGGGACAGAGGAAACGUUUGAGGAAGCCAUUCAAUGCUGUAAGGAAAAGGGUUAUCUUAAAUAAAGUUUACCACGGAACUAAUUAGUAGAAAGACAAUAAAAUGUUUGAGAAGAUUGCUUUUGGUUUACUAAAGAAAAACAAUUAGAUGGUGCAUGACAUGUAGGUCAAUCUAUGAAUGAUGUUUUUCUUUGAAUGUUAUCGAAAUAAGUUAAUAUAAUGAAAAGUCCAUUUUGUUUC